GUGGUGGUAAAGUGUCUGAUGUAGUCGUGUUAGAAGUCAAUUAGUCUGGAUAGUUGAUGUGGUUUAAUAUAGACGAUUUGCUGUUUUAACUAGUUAUAGCAUCAACUGCCAAGCUAUCUAUAUAUAGUGACAUUAAUGUAGCUAUCGUAAGCGAAGCAGCCGCUUACCUCAAUCUGAUAAUAGUCGGUUGUAUAAUUGGAUCUAGCUGCUGUCAUAGUAGCUGUGGGUAGUGCCGUGUUGCCGACUGCUCGCUCGCCACAUCGCCUUUGACAUGGAUCUUGCAAACGGGUUUUUAACGGACGUGAACGGCUCUCAUCUGAGCUGGGACAACACUGGAUUCACCGAUGCCUUACCUAAUAAACGGAAGCGGAGCUACGCAGGAAACGACGGUGCGAAUGGAAAUGGCUGUAUGUGUGAAGAAAAUGAAGGCCAAAAGAACUUUCAGGUGCAGGGAACCAUUAGAAAACAGAGGAGUUGUUUUGUGCCCAUCGAUGGAAACAGAGGGGUCUAUUACUCGGAAUGCUGGGAGCCCAACGGAAGCACACUUUACCUGCCGGUCAAUGGCAGCCUCCUUGCCAACAUGGACAAAUACGACCAGAUCAGCUUUGAGCAAGGGUUCUUCUGCAUUGGAGAGGAAUCUGGGGGCUUCCAGCAAAAAGCUCAAGGCCAAGCAAUACACUGUUGGCGAUAUAGUGAACAGGAGAAGAAGCUGUUCAUCGCGCUUUCCUACUUCUUCACCAGUUUCCAUGUGUUCCAGGAUGUUGUCAGUUCUCUUGGAGGGCUGUAGGGUACGCAGCAAAGCAGUCCAACCCUGAAACGGUCUCUCCUGUAUCACCAAAGUUGUGUAGCCUCACCUCCUCCUCCCAACAAGGGGCAUCUCAAAUCCCUUUGGAAUGUACCUUCUGUAGGAUAAGUCUGGGUUCGUAUACAGCAAAGCCAAUAAUCUACAUUUCCUAAUGUCUGAACUAUCACAUUAAGGCAAAAUAGCUUACAUGUAUCGUUAACUGUUUCCAGAUUUUUUUUUUCCCUUGUCAGGCUUUGUGAAGGAUUGGAAGGGGACAGGACCAACCGACUGUAUUUAUGAAGUCCUGUUAUUGUGAGGCUGUGUUACUGAUUAUGUGCAUAGUAUUCUUCCCAGUCAGCUCUGACAAUGAACAGGAACCAUUAGCCUGCCUCUCACAUCCCACACAACCUGUGGUCUUACUUAAUCACCAGUAUUAUCUUGACGGUCUCUUAAGUGUGCAUUAGGACUUCUUGUGGUUUAAGAUUUUAGUAGUAAUUCUACAAAAGGAAAAAGGUCACUGAGCUUAAAUGUACUCGGUCUUCCUCUACAAUGGCUAACCAUUGUUAUGGGUUUGCUGUGGCCGUCUGGCUUGUGAGCAAACAUUCCCAGUCACCUCUGGGGGGUGGUGUAGACUUCAGCAUUCUCCUCUCAGACACUUCCCGUCAACAGCAUAGGGUUGCAUACAGUACUAUGUGCCUACGAAGUAGUCACUGAUGAGUGUUGGUGUUGAAAGUGGUUACAAUGCAAAGGACACCAUUGUGCCUCAGGAAAACUGAAGGGUCCUUUGGAAUGGUGGAGACAGGAAAGUGGAUUUUUUUUAAGGUGGUAAGGCAACUUAAGCUGUCGUCCCCCCACUACUGGCAUGUAACAUGCUGUCUGCCAUGUGACAGAAAGAGGGUCAGAGAGUCACAAAGUGCACGGGGCAGAUGGCAACGGUCAGAAAAACAUUCCAGUCCUACUAAAAAAGUGCACCUUGUAUCACUGGUGGUGUUCUAGAAGAUGGUCUCAACAUUG